UCGCCUUUAGGUGCUGAUGAUUGACUCGUCACCCUGCAGAUGAUGAGCUGGGCCCGUUGAAGGUUGUUCGUCCCGACCUUCCCAAGAAACCGCGGCGAUACUUUCUGCCCGGUCUGAUCAUCUGUAUCAUUCUGCGACUGGAAGUCUUCCACCGCGUGACCUUCGAUCUCCAAUGUUCAAAGCCCGGGAUUGAGGUAACUCCUUUCUUUUUCUUCUUAUAACCCGUCUCUUUUCAUGAACCUUCUCGUCUCCAUGCUGAUAGUGGGCAGGCAUUUCUGCCAUUACUGAUCCUCGUAUAUGAGCUCGCGCCAGGACGCAGGGCACGUUCGCGGGUUGUUGAUGGCGAUGGCGACAAAGAGGUCAAUCUCGGAAUGACUCUCUUCGACGCCCUAGGUGUCUGGAUAAACGAGUCAAGGGCGUCUCUGAUCAUCGGCGUCGUGAUGCUGACUUUGGGCACCUACCUUGCGUCGUCGCAAGAUCCCCCAUCAACUUUCUUCUGCUCAAGCCAGGACCGACGACUCUUUAUUGGCUUCUUGCAAUGGACCGGCUUGUUGCUGGACGCAGCCAUCGCCGUUGUCGCCUGGCGUACUCUUGCCUGGGCCCGAACCACUAAAUCCCGCCUGAGAACUUUGAGCGUCAUUCUUCUGGUCUCCUCGCUGGGCGCUGCGCUGGCAUACUGGACGUCACGCCUAGUAUUUCACGCCAGCCUAGCUGGCUACCAUUUUAGGGGCCUCGACUCCCUCUACUUCUUUGAUGUUGUGGUCGACGGCCUGGCAUUCUCCGCCUUCCUCAUUGCUACCAGCCUCCUCGCCACCGAAGGAAGUCCUCUGUCGCUGGUGGGCACCAUUACUUUCAUCCUUGGCCUCCCGCUAGCCGUCCAGAAGACGAGGUUGAUUGGGACGUGGGAGAACGUGUCGCCCGUCGUGACUUACCUGGCACUAAUGUGUAUCUGCUUCGGAUUCUCGUCGUUUAUCUACGCAAGCAACAUGCAGUCCGUUGCCAUUGUGCAUCGGGCCUUCGUGGUGUUUCUUCUCGUCAUUCUCACCAUCGCGGCGACCAUCUACACUCCGAUCAAGGCACUCCAAAUUGUCGAUAACCAUCCGCUGGUCAAGGUCAUCUACAAUGCCAGGAUUGAAGCUGACCGAUGGUUGCGCCACGCCACCGUCAGCGACUCGUUGCCCGUCGCAGUCCAGGAAUACAAAGAGCGCCACAACGGGCGAGAGCCGCCCCCGAAGUUUGACAUCUGGUAUGACUUCGCCAAAAACCGCCGCUCGGAGAUCCUCGAUCACUUUCCGCAAAUGGAAAAUGACCUCCUCCCGUUCUGGGGCAUACCGCCGGCAAAAAUCAGAGAGGAUACCCGCCGUGCCGCGGCGGAGCCCGACAUGGCCAUGCUUCAGAUCCGGGGGGGCAAGCCUCAGCACAAUCUUCCUCCGGGAAGCCCGUACAAGGCCGUAAUGGAUGAUCUGCUUGACCUAGUGAAGGGCUUUGCCGGACACCUUCCGGACAUGGAACUCACCAUCAACUUAGACGAGCGGCCCCGGGUGCUUGCGCCGUGGGAUGAGGUGCAGAGGGUUACUCGCACGGCAUAUCGGAAGCGAGUAAGCAAGUUGCUGCCGAGGGCCGCUCCCAAUCUCGGCGAGAUGCCCGAGGCUCAGGCCGCCAUCACCGACAAGCUUGUGGCCCAAAAGAACUUCACUUCGGUGAGGGCGCUCCGGGAGAUGACAGCGCUGACUUGUCCGCCGGGGACUAAGGCGCGCGCGGCAACCCACUGGGAUAUCCGAGACUUUUGCACUGCGUGUGCCGAACCGCAGUCUCAAGGCCUUUACCUGGCGAACUGGCCGCUGUCCCAAGACAUCUGCCACCAGUCCGAUCUGCUCCGCCUGCACAGCUUCCACAUGACUUCUCCCGAGCUACGUCCUCUGCAGGAGCUGGUCCCCGUCUUCAGCCGGGCGAAAACGGACAGCUACAGCGACAUCCUCAUACCGCUCCGGCGCAUUAGCGAACCAGCCGAGCCGACCACAGAGACCUUCGACAUGAAAUACAAACAACUCUUUUGGCGCGGAAACGUGGCCCGGCUCGGCUCCAGCCACGAGCUCGUCCGCGGCGGCCACCAGGAGCGGCUCGUCCACGCUCUCAACAACCCCACCCGCUCGGAGAAGACGAGGCUCCUCCUGCCGCGCAAGAAAAAUAGAUGGGCGUUCGAGGAGCUACCCACGGCCGAGCUCAACACUUUUCUGCCGAUAGACGUCUCGUUCGCCAGCUACACUGCGUGCCGGAGUCCCAACGGCGGCGACUGCGACGCUGCAGCCAACGAGUUCCCAAAGAAGCCAGAGGUUACGGAACCCUUGCGGAACCAGUAUGUGAUGGUCGUCGACACGGAUAACGGGCCUCCGCGCGAAUUCUUGCGCACUCUCCGGUCAAACAGUGUUCCCUUUUAUGCCUCCAUCUUCAAGGAGUGGUACAGCGAGCGGCUGAGGCCGUGGGUGGAUUUUGUCCCCAUCGAUCUGCGCCUCCAUGCAUUGCACGGCACUCUCGCGUAUUUCACCGGCAUCCAGGACGGCAAGAAAAACCAAGACAUACGCAAGCUGAACGGAAGGGAGCUUGUGAUGCGGGGCCGGCCGGAAGACGCUGAAUGGAUUGCUGAGCAGGGGAAACGCUGGGCUGAAAAAGCGCUGCGGAGGGAGGACAUGGAAGUCUAUUUAUUCCGGCUAUUACUGGAAUGGGGGCGGAUUGUGGACGACAACAGGGACGAGAGUAGAUUUGUAUUACCAUAGUUUCCAAGAUGAGUUGUAUACAAUGGCUGGAUAUUUUCCCCCUUUUUUUUUUUUAAAAAAAAAA